GGAAGUUCAUUACCGGAAGUUUAUGCUGGUCUCGUUUUCACUGGAAAGCAUGGGGAACUCUUCGAACUCUCAGACAUCUCUGGGUACAGCUGGAGACGAAGCAGAGAAAGAAAAUUCCAUAUGUAGGAAAAAGAGCUCCUUAUGGCCAUUGAGGAACUGUGAUUACUAUAAAACAGAAUUUGAAAGUUGCAAUGCAUAUAAAUCGAAAGUCUUUCAAAGAUUUGUCUAUGGGCACACACAGGAUUGCUCAAAGUGGAAGGAUUACUAUGAAAGCUGUCUGAAGUUUGAAACAAGCAAAGAUGAAGAGGAUGUGGCUAACUUGCUAGAAGCAGAGAGAGAGAGAAGAGAGGAGUGGAUGGAAGGUUCCAAGGCAAACGAUGUGUGGGAGUAUCGUGACAAGCCCCCAGAGGAAUGGGAGCAACCAUGGGACAGAGCAGAACAUGAAAAUAGACAUUUCACUAGUUUCUUUAAAGAAUAUAGAGAACAGUGCCGUGCACCUGUCUCAAAGGAUGGAAAGCCUAGCAACCAAACUAAAUUAACUCCUGAUGUUAUUCAAAAGGGACCUAAAAUCACUCGUAUAUUAUAGUUUACCUUUGGUUGAUUCAAUAUUUUUACAUUUGUUUGCAUCACCAAAGGUAUGUUCUCAUUUAGUGAGGAAAUUAAACAUUAAAAUUGAAAGAACACAUA